AUGGUUAAAGUUACUGUCUGCGGUGCCGCUGGUGGCAUUGGCCAACCCUUGUCUUUAUUGUUGAAAUUGAACCCCCAAGUCUCCGAGUUGGCCCUCUUUGAUAUUGUCAACGCCAAAGGAGUGGCUGCUGACUUGUCCCAUAUUUGCACUCCUGCCGUCGUCAACGGAUAUCAACCCGCAAACAAAGAAGACAAGACUGCCAUCGUCGAUGCCUUGAAGGGCUCCGACUUGGUGGUCAUUCCUGCUGGUGUUCCUCGUAAGCCAGGCAUGACUCGUGCUGACUUGUUCAACAUCAAUGCCUCUAUCAUCAGGGACUUGGUGGCAAACAUCGGCAGAACUGCCCCAAACGCUGCUAUUUUGAUUAUAUCCAACCCUGUGAACGCCACUGUGCCCAUUGCCGCUGAAGUUUUGAAGAAAUUGGGCGUAUUCAACCCCCGUAAGUUGUUUGGAGUCACCACCUUGGACUCCGUAAGAGCCGAGACCUUCUUGGGUGAGCUCAUUGACGUGGCUCCUACCUCAUUGAAGGGCAAGAUCUCAGUCAUCGGAGGCCACUCAGGCGACACCAUCGUCCCUUUGAUCAACGUCAACAGCGACAUUGCCUCCAAGGUCAACAAGUUGAGCAAGUCGCAGUACGAAAAGUUCAUCAACAGAGUCCAGUUCGGUGGUGACGAGGUGGUCAAAGCAAAGAAUGGUGCAGGCUCAGCAACUUUGUCUAUGGCCUACGCUGGCUACAGAUUUGCCGAAGGUGUUUUGGACUCGUUGGCUGGCAAGCCCACCUCCACUACCACUGUUCCCGAUUCUUCCUACAUCUACUUGCCUGGUGUCCCAGGCGGUAAGGAAUUGGCCAGCAAGUCCUUGAAAAACGUCGAUUUCUUUUCCGUUCCAGUCGUGUUGGAAAACGGCCAGAUCAAGUCUUUCAUCAACCCUUUCGAGUCUUUGAAAGUGACUGACGACGAGAAAAAGUUGGUUGAGACUGCUUUGGGUGGUUUGGAAAGCUCCAUCAAGCAAGGGUCUUCCUUCGUCCAAGGAUCCAAAUUGUAA